AUGGAUCGUAUUGGUGAUGACAUGUUGUUUGAAGAAAUCUUAUCGAGACUACCUCCAAAGGUAGUUUCUCAAUUCAAGUGUGUUUGCAAACAAUGGUGUUAUGAGUUAUCUACACCAAAGUUUGCUUUAAUACAUACACGACGACUUUCAAAGUUACUACAAAAGAAGCUGCUGUCUUUGGAUGAACAUACCAUUGUCGUUGACGACAUAGUAUCCGGCAACUUGGAAGUCGAUACCAGAAAAGUCAUCACUUUUCCAUACGAUGUCCAGCCAUCAAGACUAAGAAUUAUAGCUUCGUUUAACGGACUGAUGUUAGUUUGCAUUAGGCGGACUGAUGCGAAUCAGCUCGUCCUUUGGAAUCCAACAACUCGGCGUUUUAAGUUGAUAUCGGACGACUAUUUUAGUCGUUAUUUUGGUCGACAUGACGAUACGGGUGGGAUGUACUUUGACGAGAACAACGAUCUGAAGGUUCUUCAUAUUAACUGUUUCGCAGGUGCAGUUACUGCUCGUGUAUACUCACGACAUAAUGAUUCAUGGAGAAAUCUGAGUUUCAUCAAAGGAUGUCUGUUAGGUUCAAACUUUUAUUCAUGGUCGGCUGGAAUUUAUUCAGGCAAAACAAUUUAUUUCACUGCUUCUAAUUACUGGAUUCCUCCUGGUGAAUGUAACAUUGUUGCUUUUGAUGUUGUAUCUGAAUCCUUCAGUAUUCUUCGUUUUCCCGAACGUAUUCAAGUGAAUCCUUGCCAAGUGCAUUUUAUAACAAUUUCGAACAGGCUACAUGGCAUUCUUGUUCGAUAUUCUGAUGAGGUAAUUGCAGAAUUGGUGAAAUAUGAAGAUGAUGAUUGGAUAACGGUUUUUACUUUCAGCAAUGCUCGCAAAGUUCAACAGUUGGAGCCGCACCAAAGGACGAAUAUAAUUCAAGAGAAUAAGUGGUUGAUAACAAGUAUUUGGGGAGACACAGUUGAAGUUCAAAUGUCCAACGAAUCUUUGAACUACAUUCAACACGUUGACAGCUUUAACGGACCUAAAGGCGCAUUAUUUCUGGAGACAAUCGUUUCGCCUUUCCGUUAG